AAAAACCGCUGGUACGGCUGGGACUGUUACGGCUUGACAGUGAGUGCCCAAGCAAAAAUCAGCAGCGGUGUCGUUUGAGGAAAUUUCGGUUUGCAAUGUCAGCAGUUGGUCCAGAAGGUUCUGCCGCAGCGGCCGGCAAUAAGCGCUUGCAGCAGACGCAGGCCCAGGUGGAUGAGGUGGUGGACAUUAUGCGUGUUAAUGUGGACAAAGUGCUGGAACGUGAUCAGAAGCUGUCUGAACUGGAUGACCGAGCCGAUGCACUCCAGGCUGGAGCCUCCCAGUUUGAGACCAGUGCAGCUAAGCUGAAAAGGAAGUACUGGUGGAAGAACUGCAAGAUGUGGGCGAUCCUGAUAGCUGUCAUUGUGAUCAUCAUCGUCAUCAUUAUUAUCUGGAAUUACUCGUAAGUAAGCAACAGGAGGAGGAGGGGUAGAAGACACGAUAAAGAAGAGAAGUGGAGCUAUGUGACUCGUGUCUCAGAGUAGCUCCACAUUUUCCACCUCUACAGGGGUCUUCAUUCUUUGUCCUGGAUUGCCCUGUGUGUGCGUGUGUGAUUGCUUAUGUGCCUUAGUCACAGUUUUAACCUAUAACAUAACAAAAUUCCAGACAUUACUAGGAUAUACACAUACCAAAGAAAACAAACAUAUGUACAGAAAUGUGUUUAUUGAUAACUUUAUAACUUGACUAAAUCCCAGUUAUAAAUAUGAGUCUAAACAGACUUUGGCAGAACACACACACACACACACACACACACACACACAUACUCAAACCUUAAGACUAGAAUUGAAGAACAUUGUAAACUCUCCUCAACUUGUAUUUUUCUAUUUUAUUAACAAUUGUUUGAUUGCGUGUGCCAGGCUAAGAGAAGUGCCUUUAAGGAUUAGCUGUUCAGUGGUAUAGUUUAGAUUGUAACAGUAAUCCUGCGUAUGGUGGAAGAGAUGCCCCUUCCCAGAUUUAAAAUAUUUCUGCUCUUGAUAGUGUAACACCAGUAUUUUUUUCCUCUCUCAUGCUUUUUCUUACUUAAUUGGUCAGCUUUGCAAAUAUUAGUGAAAUCUAAUUGCUCAUUUUAUUUCUGCACAGGGUUAAGUGCUGAUCAGGUCCAAUGUUUAAAAUGUUAAUGUUAGAGCUGAAUGAAGAGGAAAGUCAUUCUGACAACACAAAGCUUACUGGUAAUGGGUAACGUACUGUUGAACCACCUCACUGUGUCCAUUCCUGUUCAUGUCAUUUUCAGGCAGUAAUUGGGAUGCAGUAAGUUUGCAUGAGCUUGUGUUUAGAUUAAGUGCUGAUCAUGUUUACUAUAAGUAGCAUCCACAUUGCCUGACAGAUUUGCCAUAAAAUGUAAAAGGAAAAAAAAAAUUACACACACAGAAGUGCCAUCAUGAGGUAUCAAGAGAUGAAUUAUCUCAAUUAGUUGCUCUUAAGUGUGGCAGAAAAAUGGCCUUUAUGUAAUAAUAAUGAUCAACAAUUAAGAAGAAAGAAAAUCUGCAGUUUAGCUUUAGACUUUGAUAGGUGUCUCCAAUGGAGAACAGCCAAAAAUGCAGCCAUACCUUCUGAACACAUGUACCAGCCAGCCAGAGAACGAGUAGUGCCUUGUGAGCUCCCUGUCCAGCAGAUACUGUGCAGCUAGCCUGUGCUAUCAGUUGAAUUUAACCUUUAAUAAAGACCUUUGGAUCAACGCCAGUGUGAAGAAACAUUCUUGUUGAUGCACAAUGCUUCUAACACAAAACAAUUAAAAGUUCUAACAUGCCAUAUUUGUCAUACAAUUAUUUGCAUUCUGUUAAAUGUAGAGUUGAUCAUAGUUAGGCUAUAGUAUGUUUUUUGUGAUGUUCAGGUCAGUACUGCUGAGCAUCAUGGGUGAUAUAGAGUGGAAAUAUUUUGUUGGUCCAUGGCAUUGUGAUACAUGUGACACUAACACUGGAUUUGGGAUUGCUUUGUAUAUUAUUUUCACUCUGUUUGGUAUUUAAAGCUCCUGUUUUAGGUUACAGUUUCAGGAUUUUUUUUUUCUUGACUUCUAGCAAUCAUUAGCUUUUUUCCCCCCCCUCAUACUUCUUGCGUGUUUCUGAUAACAAAAUUAACACUAACACAAAUAUGUACUCACCCGCACCCCCUUUCUUUCCCCCCCCCCUUUUUUUUUGUUAAGCAUGUAGGUUUAAUCAGACUGUAGCCACAACUAAAAUUUGUAGGCAUGGAAAUGCUUUUAUGGGCCAGCUUUUUAUUAACCAUACAUGGAAUUGUCAACCUCAUCCUUCUUCUUUUUUUUUUUUUUUUCCUUUUUUGUCCACGGAAUUUAAGAUCUUAUAACUUCCAAGCCUUGCUUCACUUUUGGGAAUGUACGUGGAAAUAUGUGCAAUUCUGCUCCGUGGGCCCUAAAUUUAUUUUUGCUUGAAUAAAACUGAUGUUAAAUCAAA